UCACAGCUUGUGGUAGACAGACAGGAAGAAUAUGACAAUGGUCAUCGACUUUCUUGUCUGAAGUCUAUGUGUUUUUAUUCCACGCUGUUCUCCGCCGAGCAUCAGCAGCCGUCCUGCAACUCCAGCCUCUAAUAAGAUGACCCUGAGAGAGUCCACUAUCUCCAGCAUGACUGAGGAAUUCACUACUGAUUACACGGAAUAUAACCUCGUGAUGCCGUGUUCAGAGACGCUGGAAUCUGUGGACAGCACCGCCGUGGCGAUCAGCUACACCGUCGUGUUCCUCCUCAGCCUGGUGGGCAACAGCGUGGUGAUCUACGUGAUAUACAUGAUGCAAAGCCGCAGGACGUCUACGGACGUCUACCUGAUGAACCUGGCCCUGGCCGACCUCCUCUUCUCCCUCACGCUGCCCUUCGAAGCCGCCUGCAUCUACGCCUCCAGCUGGAUCUUCGGCACCGUCCUCUGCAAGAUGCUCUCAGGACUGCAGGAGGCCACGUUCUACGGCUGCGUCUUCCUGCUGGCCUGCAUCAGCAUCGACCGCUACAUGGCCAUCGUCAGGGCCACGCAGUUCAUCUCCAAACAGCACUGCCUGGUGCGGACUGUGUGCGGACUGGUGUGGCUGGGAGCCACCACGCUGUCCCUGCCUGUGGUGGUGCAGCGCGAGGCUCUUCAGGAAUCUAAUGGGUACAGGUGUUACGAGAACCUGACAGCGGACAACAUAGACAAGUGGCGCGUGGGCAUGCGGAUCCUCCGCCACACGGUGGGCUUCUUCCUGCCGCUGGCCAUCAUGGUGUUCUGCUACGGCUGGACGAUGGGGACCCUCUUCCGCUCACGCAACAGCCAGAAGCACAAGGCCAUGAGGGUCAUCCUGUGCGUGGUCCUGGCCUUCGUGGUCUGCUGGCUCCCCAACAACAUCACGGAACUCAUCAACACGCUGAUCGAGGGGGACAUUAUCGAUGAUACGUGCGAGCUCCGGAACAAAGUGGGCGCGGCCAUGUACGUCACUCAGGCUCUGGCCUUCAUUCACUGCGCCAUUAACCCCUUACUCUACGCCUUCAUCGGCAAGAAGUUCAGGAACCAGCUCUGCAUGAUCUUCUUCAAGAAGGGUCUGAUUGGGAGGGAGGUUCUGUCUCGGUACAGAAUCGGAUCCCUCUACAGCUCGGGAAGCUCCAGGCAUACGUCCGUCACUCUGUAGGACGUCAGGAUUGGAAAAGAGGAAAAGAUCUUGUGUUAUUAGUCAUUUUUUACACUCAUCAUCAAACAUAUAGCUGCAUCCAGAAGAAAGGAAGUGUGGGAUUAUAAUGCUAUAAUGCUAUAAUGCUAUUUGGAAGAAAUAGGAAUAGUUAGUAGGAACAAUAAAUAAGUAUAAAUGUAGAUUAGAUAUUUAUGGGUAAUAUUUAGUGAGCUGCACACACAGAAGUAACUUGUAACUUGUGCGUAAUGCAUGUGUAAAUUACUUAGAGCUUAGAUCGGGCCCAAAAAAUCCAGCCAAUCCAGCCCGAAUCAGCCCAAAUCUGUGCAUGUUCUGCCACUAUGAGCCCGAGGCCAAUUUAAAGCCCAAUUUAAACAUUUUUUUAGCAAGUUGAGCAUUAAAUCUGAGCUUUUUAAAAACAUUUUUGGGCUGUUUGAAUGAGCCAAAUCUGUUCACAAUGAUGUUAUUUUACAUUGCAACACUGAAGAAGCAUAGACCUGUUAUUUAAGGCCCAGAGCUGCAUUAUUUUAACAUUCUAACUUGUGCAACUUUGAUUUAUGUUACUUUGCUAUAUUGUGAUUAUAAUGCCUAUUCACAAGAUAACACCUCACAACUUAUGCAGGCACGAGCAUUCCUAAGACGCUUUGUUAUCGCCUUACACCCUGCUGUCCCAUGACUUUUAUAAACUUUUUCAUUGCUAUAUUUUCUUUAAUUUUACCAAAUUGAAAACCUUUGGAAUAUAAUCAAGAGGAAGAUGGAUGAUCACAAACCAUCAAACCACCAAACUGAACUGCUUGGAUUUUUGCCCCAGGAGUAAAGCAGCAUAAAGUUAUCCAAAAGCAGUGUGUAAGACUGGUGGAGGAGGAGAACAUGAUGCCAAGAUGCAUGAAAAAAAACUGUGAUUAAAAACCAGCAGGGUUAUUCCACCAAAUAUUGAUUAUUUCUGAAAACUUUCUCUUAAAACUUUAUGAAUAUGAACUUGUUUUUCUCAUUUCUCAGUUUUCCUGUUAACAAAUGCUAUAAAUAACAAUAUUUUGAUAUUUUGAUUUGGAAUUUGGGAGAAAUGUUGUCUGUAGUUUAUAGAAUAAAACAACAAUGUUCAUUUUACUCAAACAUAAACCUAUAAAUAGCAAAAUCAGAGAAACUGAUUUAGAAACCGAAGUGCUCUCUUAAUUUUUUCCAGAGCUGUAUGUAUAUUAAUGUGUAUGUUAAUCUCUUUGUGAAUACACCUUCUAAUGAAUGCAUUUGCCUGCUUUAAUCUGAGCCCAUUGCUCAGGUUACACAGGUGUGCAAAUUCUCACACUCGCACACACUUUACACGUUUAUCGUACGCUUAUACGCUGCUUUUCAUUAAACAGAAUCUCUUAUCUUGUUAAACAGAAACAGACAGAGUGAGCGAGAGAGUUUCAGAAAUCUUUAUCUAGAAAUGAUCUGUCAAAAACAACCUUAUCUUGCUUUGAGGUUAGAGCCUACAGUUCUGAUUGAACUGAUAGAACAUGCACCUUAUGCACUAAGCGAUACACACACACACACACACACACACACACACACACACACACACACACACACACUAUAAUACACCUAAGCUUUGCUUGUUAUACUUUUUUUAAGUAUAUUUUGCUUAUUUUUCUUGUUUCAUGUAAAAGCUGUUGCUGUUGAGACAUGAGUGUAUGAUUCAGCAUGACGGGUGCAGAACAGCUGCUUAGGAGAAGUUCAUAUUUCAUAAUAUCAGUGCUUCUGUAUUAUAAUAAACAUAAAUACCAUUUAAAAA